CUACACACAAAUUUAAAAUAACUUUCUACACGAGAUUAAGUUAAUUGUGUAACUAAUACCUAGUCAGAUCGACUAUCCCACACAAAAUAUACACUACUUUGAAUAAUUAAAUAUGCCUACCAACUUUACUUAAAUAAAUAACAUUGCAAAAUAAUCCAAAAUUAUUUUUACCAAAUCCUCUCUUCUCUCUCUUUCUCUCUCCUCCCCUCACCCCCACACACACCUCUUUUGCUUAUUGCUUGGGAGAAUCGAAGUCUCUUUAAAAAGAAAUUAUAAAAUUAAAAAAAAAUAAAAAAAAAAAAACAGAGAAAAAACAAAAGGAGGAAGUGAGAGUGAUGAAGAAAGCAGUCACCUUUGUGGUUGCUAUUUUGCUAAACAUUUGAAGCUUUGUUUUGCUAAAGCCUAAAAGUGAUAUAUAUGAGUAAAAAACGACCAUUUUCCUCUGUUUUUUAAGUCCAAUUUUUUUGCCCAAGUCUUUCCCUCCUAACCCUUAGAAACAUAUAGAGAGAUAGAGAGAGAAAGUAGAAUAAAAUCUAGAGAGAGAAAGUGUAUUGAUUUUAGAGAGAGAAAGUGAUUUUUAGAGAGAAAUGGUGGGCUCAGGAGCAGGAGGAGGAGGUGGAGGAGAUAGGAGCAAAGAGGCAGUUGGGAUGAUGGCCCUUCAUGAGGCCCUCAGAAGCGUCUGUCUUAACUCAGACUGGACUUACUCUGUCUUCUGGACCAUCCGUCCUCGGCCGAGAGUUAGAGGUGGAAAUGGUUGCAAAGUUGGUGAUGAUAAUGGAAGCUUGAUGUUGAUGUGGGAAGAUGGGUUUUGCCGAGGAAGAGUUGCAGAUUGCUUGGAAGAGAUGGAUAGUGAAGAUCCUGUCAGGAAGGCAUUCAGCAAGAUGUCAAUUCAGUUAUAUAAUUAUGGAGAAGGGUUAAUGGGGAAAGUUGCUUCUGAUAAAUGUCACAAAUGGGUUUUCAAAGAGCCUUCAGAAUGCGAACCAAAUAUAUCAAACUACUGGCAGAGCUCCUUUGAUGCUCUUCCUACUGAAUGGACUGACCAAUUUGAAUCGGGUAUUCAGACGAUUGCUGUAAUCCAAGCUGGUCAUGGACUCCUUCAAUUAGGCUCCUGCAAGAUCAUACCUGAAGACUUGCAUUUCGUGCUACGAAUGAGGCAUACCUUUGAAUCUUUAGGCUAUCAAUCUGGCUUCUAUCUUUCACAACUUUUCUCCUCAACAAGAAAUGCUUCCUCUUCUUCUAGUAUCCCCACAAAGCAGCCUGGCCCUACACUAGGCCCUCCCCCGCUUUUCAACUGGGGCCCACGCCCCCUAUCGUCUCCGGGUUCAAUGCUAACACCUCACAAUUUCCAGAGGCCUCUCGGCUAUGCACCUACAAAAGACGAGCCCCGCAUGUUUUUGAUGCCGCAUUCAGCAGACAAUCGAAUGGAUGAGAUGAUGGGAGAGCAUGAAUCCGAUAUCAAGUGGCCUAAUGGCCUUUCAUUCUUCAAUGCUCUUACAGGAAGGGCUGAUGAAGCCAAGCUGUUGUUCAACCUUGAUAGCUUGGGUCACAAGCCUGAUCCAAACUCUAACCCCGAGGGUCCAAACCAGAAUAUGCAAGGUACCGGUGGGGCGAACUCAAACGAGUACUUGAGCUUGGAUAAUCAUCAAGAGCAAAUGAGGAAGAGUAUUGAGAACAAAUUCAAGAGGAGCUAUACAUUACCAGCUAGAAUGACUUCUUCAGGCUCGUCGACUUCACUUGAUCAUCAUCCUCAGCACCCUCAGGAGUACCGAAAUCCUGAGGCCGGAAUGUACUCUGAUGUAAUGGAGACAUUCUUAGAGUAAUGAGGUAGAUGGUGGAAAACUUUGUAACUAGAUUAUGCUAGUUUUCUUUUCUUUCUUUUUUCCUAGUUCUAUUAGUUUUAACUGUUGAUGUUCUUGUACUUUUUUCUCUAUCUUUUUUAGGCCUUUGUUUUUUUUUUUUUUUUUGGUUGUGAUGUUUAACUGAACUUUGUUCACCAAUUUAUUGUAGCUUAUGGAAACAUAAAUUCUAGUUGAAGUUUCCUUUUUUUA